CUGAUUCAGUGCAGGGAGGAUUAGUUAGAAAUCUAGUCUCUGUCGUAUUUGUUAUUGACAACUCAUCCAUUUCAGAUAUAUUACUGUAUCUUUUACCUUUCCACUUCAUGUAGUACAAGGAAGACCUUGACAAAAACAUGGAAGGUGACUUGUUGCUAGUUGGCUCUUGCAGUAGAAAGAGGGCCAAUCCUUUCUACUCCAGCCACCUAUUCAUAAAGCCCGCCUUUAUUCAAAUUUGAUGCUACCUGAUACCACCUGAUCAGUAUUUCAGGUUGUUGCUGUUUUAAUCCAAUGAAUGAAAAAGUCUAAAGGUAUGGUUUGGAAGAAGCCAUGUGGAUAUGGAUCAGAGGAAUGGAUUAUUGGCUCAUAUUUCAAUUCAUCUGCAAAAUAUAUUGCCCAGUUCUGAGAAUUAACUAGAUCUGGAUGGCUGCCUGGUAUUUCUCACCACAAUGGAGGGAGUACUGAAGCAUAUCUUUCUGGUUGGUUUCACUGUUAUCAGUUAUGUUGGAGAAUGGAAGAAGGCUGUUUAUAUUAAAGGAACUGUAAGCCCUGAAAUUGCCCAAGUUGGACAAGAUGUGAUAUUGGGCUGCCAAGUAGGAGGCUGCACAUCCUCCAGGCUACAAGUCCACUUAUAUAAGUGGGAAGGCUCCAAAAAUCAAACCUUCUAUAUCCACAAUAGCACAGAGCAGCAUCACAGCGUCCAAGAAAUUAGCAUAGCAGAGAACAAAAAACACAAAGGAUACUAUGAGAAUGGAUUCCUUGAAGUGACUCUCCUCCAGGUGCAGCUAACAAACAGUGGGCAGUAUGUGUGCUCCAUGAUGUGUGAUGAUGUCUAUAAAGAAGAUAUUGUGGAGGUGACAGUAGAAGGUUUAAUUAGUGUUACUGUUGGGGAUGUUGCCAUUCUUCCAUGCCAGAUGAUUGAGACCUAUCAUCCCUCUCAUUUGAAACUGCAAUGGAGAAGAAGCAGCCCUGGGAAGAGCAGGAUGAUCUAUUCUUACCAGCUUCAUUGGGAUACCUGCCCAUCAGUUUGUUAUGGAGACAAAUUUGUUCCUAGGUGCCCUUAUUCAAAUAGACCCAAGAGCCAAGUAUGGCUUACGAAGAAGUACAAACUAAAGGCAGAGGUGUUGAAACGCAAUAAUCUUGGGGAUGGAAAUAUUUCCCUGAAACUAAAUAACAUUCAGGAGGAAGAUGCAGGGAAAUACGAAUGUUCCGUGAACUCUAACUUGCAUCGCAAAGUGGUAAUCUACAAGCUUGAUGUGAGAGGUGUUUCAAUUGUCGGCAAUGUUAAUCCUAAAAUUGGCAGAAUUGGACAAGAUGUGAUAUUACAUUGCCAAGUAAGAGAGUGCAAAUCUUCCAGGCUGCAAGUGCAAUUAUAUAAGUGGGAAGGCUCAAAAAAUCAUACAUUGUACAUCCACAACAGCACAAACCAGCACAGGGUUGAAGAAAGAAGCACAGGAGAGAGUGAUGAGAAUGGUAUUCGCAAAGGAUACUAUGGGCUCCUUGAAGUGACUCUUCUUAAUGUGCAACUAGUAGACAGUGGCCAGUAUGUUUGUGCCGCAACAUGUGAUGAUGACUACAAAGAAGAUAUUGUGGAGGUGACAAUAGAAGAAGUGCCUGUCCAAAGUGCUGAAGUCUGGAAGUUCUAUACCUUUCCUUUCCUAGCUUUCCUCUUCUCAACUUUCCUCUUCUCAACUUUCCUCUUCAUAGUGAGUUGGCAUAUUUCUAGAAAGAUGGAAGAAUUAAAGAAAGGCUAUGAAAAACUAAAGGGAGAAAUGAAGGCAAAAACAGAACAAUAUGAAGCAGAAAAGGAACAAUUGGAGACAGCUAAAGAAAUAUUAGCUGCCCACUUACACAAAGAUGAUGUGGUCUUGGACCCCAGGACCGCUCACCCAAAGCUAAAAGUGUCUGAAGAUGGCAAAAGUGUUUGGAACACAGGAAAUGUUUCUAAGGUUUCUGACUGGGAGGAGCGGUUUGACUCCCGCACAUUCAUUCUGGCAAAUCAUGGAUUUUCAGAAGGCACACAUUACUGGGAGGUGCAGAUUGGACAGAAAAAAACCUGGGACUUGGGAGUUGCCUCUGCAACCUCUUCAAGAAAGGGGGAGAUCACCCUGUCUCCUGAGAAUGGCUACUGGGUCAUAGGAUGUGAUGAUGGGAAAGAUUACUGGGCUCGGACAGAGCAAUGGACCCGCCUGAAAGUAAAUGGAAAGCUUACAAAAUUAGGAAUAUUCCUAGAUAAAUCAGCUGGAAGCUUAUCCUUUUAUGAUGUCUGCAGUCUAAGCAAAUUGCACACUUAUAAAACACUGGGUGAUGGGGAGCUCUAUCCCUUCUUCUGUAUAGGCUCUGUAAUUGAACAGCCAUUGAAAAUUGUGUAAUAUUUGAAAGAAAAUGAGAUUGUGGAGAAAAAAUGAAAACAAAUUCCACAGAUAGCUGAGAAUUAAUUAGCACAGGUCUUUAGUUUAACCAUGAUUUCUUUCUUUCUUUCUUUCUUUCUUUCUUUCUUUCUUUCUUUCUUUCUUUCUUUCUUUCUUUCUCAUAUUGGUGUCAGAGAAUAAAAGAUUCAGAAUAGAAGUAAUGUUACAAGUGACUGUGCUAUGUACAGUCCCCUUCCCCAAUCAACUUUGUGGCUCUAAUCCAGAGCCCCUAAUUAAAGCAACCUUUCCUUUGCCAGCCCAGAAACCCAUCCCAAAUUAGUUUGGGAAGGGGCUAAUUUUUAAUCAGGGGAAAAAAAAACCACAACAAACCACCUAAAUAUAUACAGGGCUGGGAGGAUGACAGGUGAAGGAGACAUUGCAUCUGAGAACUGAGGUUCAAUUCUGCAUGGGGUUCCUUUAUUAAGUGUCUUCUCUGAUUGCAAAGCAGCAUUGCUGCCUUCACUCAAAAGUUGUCAAGCAAGGGGAGCAAUCCUGCAGGGCAAGUCUUCAGGAAAGGAGGAAAGUUAGGUUACAUUGGGGAAGGAAGAAAUUCAGGUGGCAUCUUCCUUUUUCUGGUAUAGUGCAGACAGUGGGCAUAUAGAUCUUUGCCUUUUGUGGGUUUUCCUAAAGGAUGCCUGCUUGUCUUCCAGCUUGAUGCCCUGCCCCAUGACAGUCAUCUAUCACUCUGGGCCAUCCAACCUGACCCACAGUGAUUGACAGCUGAGUCAACCAAACUCAGCUGACACCUGAAUUUUUCUAAACAGGCCUGAUUUGUCUCAAGAUUUUGCUGAAUCUGUGCACAGCCCCAACAAAUGAGACGAAUCAUGUAUUGUCUUUACCAAAGUAUUCAAGUCUUAUCUAUUUUCUCAGGCUUUUAACUCUUGAUGUAGUUUUUGUUGUUGAUUAAUUAUUUCUAAAUCACUCUGAUAACCUGAUUAAGGAGAUGGUUAUAAAUUUUCAAAAUGAAUAAAUAUAUUGAAUAUUCAAUACAUGUUUUCUUUAGAAUUUUGUAUAAUUAAUUUUGACAUAUAUCAGAAUUAAAAACUGUAGUGUUAAAAAAUCCUCAUAUGAACCCAAUCAGAGCAAUCCAAACAGGGAUAUUUCUAAAUAUGUUGUCCAGAAGCCUGCCUUUGCAUGGUGUCCACAGAGAUGGACUGGAUGUUGGCCAAUAAACUGGGCUUGAAUCCUGGGAAGGCAGAGGUUCUUUGAUUGAAUCGCUCCCAUGUUUGGGAAAUUGGCAAGUUGCAUGUUCUGAAUGGGGUUGCACUACCUCUGUACUCCUGGAUACACCUUUGUCACUAGAAGCCUAAGUGUCCUCUGUGACUAGGAGUGCCUUUUACCAGCUCUGUGUGGUUUACCAACUACAGCUGUUCUAGCGAUAGCCUGAUCACUAGAAUCCAUGUGUUGGUAACUUCAAGGAUGGAUUACUGUAAAGCCUUCUAUGUUGGGCUGCCCUUGAGUCUGGUUUAGAAGCUCAAGCUAGUGCAGAAAGCUGAAUGGCUAAUAACACAUGACAACAUUGUUAAAGCAGCUGCACUAGAUAUCUACUUACUACCAAGCCAAGUUCAAGGUUCUUGUAUUAAUCUACAAAGCCUUGAACAGCUUAUGUCCAGAGUACCUCAGGGAUGACCUGAACCCUUAUAUGUCAGCUUGUUCACUGAGAUUUUCUGCAGGAGUGCUAUUUGUCAUUCCCAAAUUGAUGGGGGUUCAUUUACAACAAGAAGAAAACAAGCUUUUGGUGUCAUUCCUGCAGAACAUUCUGCCAAUAGAGAUUUUAAGAAAAAUACAAAGAAGAAUGUACCUUUCCCUGUAUUUAGAAGAAAUCAUUAUCAUGAUUAAAAGACUCUGUUCUUGACUACCAGAAACCAAACUGCAGUUGGUAUUUGUUUCACUUUUGCUCUUGACAGGUUGAGAGCAGGUUGAAUGCUGCUGAACCCUGGCCAGCAAAAACAGAUAAAGUUACAGAUUAAUUUAGGGGAAGGGCUGAAGCUCAGUGGCAGAGCAUUUCUCUUGCAGACAGAAUUAGCAUAUGCUGAUUUUAUGCAAAUGUGUGUCCUCUUUUGCGUCUUUUCUGGUGAUGUGUAAGUAGCUACCCUAUCAAGAAACCUUUCCUCCUCUUCAGUUGAGCAACUGCCUCCCGGCAGUAAAACAUAAUGGUUGCAUUAGUAGAAUAUUUGCCAAUAUGAUAAACAGUGUAUUGUAGAGGUAGGACUGCUAAGGCCACUGAAAACCGUGGUUCACUAUGAAAUUCCUGCUAGUAAAGACACAGGUGGGGGUACCUCCUGACAAUGCUGUUUGCAAGUACAAUGUUUUAAGUGGAGAAAGAAAAUGACAACUGCUGUAGAGAGGUUCUGCAAAAGAAACAUACAAACAAAAAACAUACAGUCUGGGCAGGGCAGAUCCCUAAUUUGGAGGGUUCAAGACAUUCCCUACUCAUGGGAGCAUGUUUGCAGGCAUCACUGCUGGUAUAAGAGAAAAGGAUUGGAAGGAAUCCUUGCUCCAAGUGUCCUGUGCCCCCCCUGCCCUGAUGUUCACCUCAGCAUGCAUGCCAAUAAUAAGAGCAUCACCAAUGACACUCAAAAAGUGUAAGGUUGCCAAGAGUGCCUUUAACCCAAUACAACCUCAUCUGAUUACUCCAUCUAGUUCAAGUCUUCUAUAAAUACAACUCAAAAAAAACAGCUCUCUGCAGAUCCUCUAGAAAUAAGUCACAGCCUGCCUAGGACAGGUGGAUGCCAUCAUCCUGGAAAAUGCUGGGGAAGAUCAAUGUGGAUCCUCCCAUGAGGAAUGUCCCCUAAACAAAGUCCUUAAACAGACAAUUCAUCUUCCUGUGGGCCUAUUCACCUUGAUUGGUAGGUGUGCCUCUCACCACACACAAGGUUCCAAGAACUCAGACCAAACCAAGGAAAGAAGGUAGGGAUCCAGCAAAUAUCCUUUGUAACUCUCUAGGAUGUUAAUUCCUGUCCAUUUGAUGAAAUAAUUCUCACCCAAAUGGGUGCGUAAGAUGUGGGGGGGAAACCCAGGCUCCUCAAGGUGAGGAAAUGUGGGCACAAUUCAAAGUGUUUCUGCUGACCUUUAAAGCCCUAAAUGGCCUCAGUCCUGUAUACCUGAAGAAGCGUCUCCACCCCCAUCGUUCUGCCCAGACACUGAGGUCCAGCGCCAAGGGCCUUCUGGAGGUUCCCUCAUUGCGAGAAGUCAGGUUACAGGGAACCAGACAGAGGGCCUUCUCGGUAGUGGCACCCGCCCUGUGGAAUGCCCUCCCAGCAGAUAUCAAGGCAAAAAGUAACUAUUCUACUUUCAGAAGACAACUGAAGGCGGCCCUGUUUAGGGAAGUUUUUAAUGUUUGAUGCUGUACUGUUUUUAAUAUUCGGUUGGAAGCCGCCCAGAGUGGCUGGGGAAAAUCAGCCAGAUGGGCGGGGUAUAAAUUAUUAUUAUUAUUAUUAUUAUUAUUAUUAUUAUUAUUAUUAUUAUUUUCUUUUCUUUUCUUUUCAGUGGGAGUCUGUG